AUGGCAUGGUAUCAAACACACGUGCUUUCCGCGGUUAUAAAAGUAAUUUGUGCUAUUGUUUCACUUUUUACAGCUGGUGCUUUAACUGUAAUCAUUCCGAAAGCUCUUGAUUUGCCAAUGAAGGCUGUUCAAUAUAAAGAUGAAAUUGCUGUAAGAUUAAUAACGGAAAGUAAUUUACGCGAUGAAAAUCAAACAAUGGCAGAUUUUAGACGUAUCACACAUGCUAUUCGUGCUACUUUGUCCAAAGAAAUAAUUUAUCAUAAUACAGCUUUUCAAUUAUGUGGUAUUUUGGAAGCUGAUCGAUGUCAAAUUUUUACUAGUAAAUCUAUUAAAGCUAAAUUUGAAGGAUGGAGAUGUGCACAAGAUUAUGUGGAUGGUUCAGAAUCCCCUUUAAAUGUAAAUUCUCAAUUAAAUCCUGAAUGUAGUAUAAUUUAUUCUACUAUCGAAAAACGUGCAGCUACUAUACUCGGCCUGGACGAUAAAGAAUUCGCAAACUUAUAUUUGGAAGGUGAUUACCAAAAUAUAAAUAAGAUUAUUCUUGUUCCAAUCGCGAUAUCUGAAAAUGAAAAUGGUAUAAUCGUAAUACAAAAUUGGGAUCAAGUUGAAUAUUUGACACAAGAGAAAUGGGAAAAUACCCGAACAUUCCUGACAGAUUUAUCUGAACAAAUUUCUAUUGCUUUGUCUCAAGCUAGCUUAAUAGAACAAGAUAAGAUUCGCAUUCACCAACUUGCUGAACAAAAUGAGGCAUUAAUUCAGGCUAGAAAAGAGGCUUCUGCCAUUCAGGCCCAUCGUGAAUUUUUAGCAGUUAUGUCCCAUGAGAUGAGAACACCUCUUUAUGCAAUAUUCGCGUUAACUUCAAUGUUGCUGGAAAUGCCGUAUUUAUCACAUCAAGAAAUGUCUGAAAUGCGGGACAUGUUGGAAAUUAUCAAAAAGAGUGGUGAUAUGUUGAUAACAAUUAUUAAUAAUGUUUUGGAUUUCUCAAAAUAUGAAGAAGAACAAUUGCAUUUGGAACGCGUACCUUUUUGUGUGCAUGAAGCUGUUGAAACUUCAUUAGAUAUAGUAUCACUUCAAGGACAGGAGACUUCUAGACCUCGUAUUAAUUACGUUAUCGAUAAAAAUGUACCUUAUAACGUUAUAGGAGAUAUGACUAGAUUUAGACAAAUUAUCGUGAAUCUUUUGUCAAAUGCCUGUAAAUUCACUAAUGCGGAUGGAGAUGUUAUGAUAACAGUUUGUAGUGAAUUCGUUGAAAAAAAUAACACAAAGAAAAUUAGGAUUAAAGCUGAAGUCACGGAUACAGGUAUCGGUAUAUCAAAAGAAGUUUUACCGAAAUUAUUCGAGAAAUUUUCGCAAGCUGACGCAAGUAUUACACGUAAAUACGGUGGAACAGGCCUUGGAUUAGCAAUUGUUAGAAAGUUGGUUAAAUUAAUGAACGGAGAUAUCACUGUUGAACAAAAUACUUCAGCAAGUAGUGGAACAAAAAUGAUAUUUUAUGUUGAUCUUGAUGUUGAUCCAAAUAGUCCAACAUGUCCAAGUUUAUCACCAUUUUUACGUCAAAAAUCUUUAUCCAUUUUAGAAAAACAUGAGAAUAACAAGAUCGGCCUCAAACAAAUAUUAAAUCGAUGUGGUUUGCAGAGAUCUCCAAAAUUUUUCACUUCUUUAAAACAAAUUAUUGAAGAUGUCGAUUUCUUUAAAGGACAUAUAGACGCUAUAAUAAUAGAUUUUCAAUUAUUGGUUGAAAAUAAUGAAAUUGAAUUUUUAAAAAAUGGAAUAAAAGAUAAAUUGUUAAAAAUACCAAUAUUGAUAUUAGUAAAUCCAUCACUUCAAAGAUCUAUUAAAUCAUUUAAAAUAGAAGGAGAUAAUGUAAUAUUUUCUUCUCUUCCUGUGAAAUUUAAACCUAUGCUCAGCUUUUUAGAAUGGAAUUUAAGAGAAGAAGACGAAAAUUCGACAUUGGUAAUGACUGAAUCCAUCGGAACGAAUAAUGAAGGUUCAAUAAUGCAUUACAGUUGUAAUGGUUCGUACGACAGUGAUUUUAAUAGUGAAAUAAUGUCACAAAAUAAUGACACUCAAACAGAAGAGGAAUUACCUUUAAUAGAUUUAAGCAGUAGUCCGGAUGAAUAUUAUAGUGAUAUAACGAGUAAACAACGUAGAAUAUCUUUAUCAUCAAAUGAACGUCCCGGAUACAAUCGAAAAAAUUCCGCAUCGACCACCAAUUUACCUACUUUAUCCUUAGUUAACAAAUCCUCAGAGAGUGAGAAUUCGCCUAAAAUAGGAUCACAUGCCAUAAGACGUACGGCCACAUUACCAGUUUCAUUUGAUAUGUCUAAUUUUGAAACAAUAUCAAACGAUAAUACUUCCGUUAUACCGUCUGAAUGUCUUAAGUUCGGUAAUGUUGAAACUGAUAUACCUAAAUUAAAAGUGUUGGUUGUUGAAGAUAAUGUCAUAAAUCAGAUGGUUACAUCGCGUAUACUCGAAAAAUUAAAUCAGAAAUGUGAAAUCGCAGGGUCUGGAAAAACUGCUAUAAGUAAAUGCGAAGAAAAGGAUUAUGAUGUUAUAUUUAUGGAUAUUAUGAUGGCCGAUAUGGACGGAUUUCAGACUACCGAACAAAUUCGAUCCACUUCUCAAGAUUUAAGACGACCGUGGAUUAUUGCAUUAACAGCAAAUGCAUUAUGGUAUGAUCGGUUCCGUUGUAUAGAAAGUGGUAUGAAUGAUUUUGUAUCAAAACCAGCAAAGAAAGAAGAUAUCAGAGAAGCUUUGAUGAGAUAUUUAACACGAAAUUCCGCAACUGCAACAAAAAAUAAUAAUCAACAACCUCAUCAAUCUCAUCAAUCGAGGCCAUCAUUAUCAACAUCCACAUCAAGUACAAAUGUAAAUGGGGGUUAUGGAAGCAAGAUAUAG